CCCCCUGCCGCCGCCCCCCCAGCAGGUCCCAACACAGGAUGUUCUCGUCCUCGUCCAGACACUCGCUGCUGUCGCCCUGGUCCUCCAUGGAGCAGUCGGACUGCGAGGGGCUGGACAUCAGCACCAAGGUGCAGCUGCACGGGGUCCUGUGGAAGCGGCCCUUCGGACGGCCCUCGGCCAAGUGGUCCCGCAGGUUCUUCAUCAUCAAAGACAGCUUCCUGCUCUACUACGCCGAGAGCGAGAAGAGAAGCUUCGAGAGCAACAGGUACUUCAACAUCCACCCCAAGGGCGUGAUUCCUCUGGGAGGAUGUGUGGUGUCUGCCAACGAGGACCUGGGGAUGCCGUACGCCAUCGUGGUCAACCUGGAGGACUUCACCGGCGCCAUCGUCCUGGCUGCUGAGUCAGCAGAGGAGCAGGUCCAGUGGAUGGAGAUGCUGCAGGAGUCGGGGAAAGUCACCUGGAAGAACGCGCAGCUGGGGGAGGCCAUGAUCGAGAGUCUGGAGGCCCAGGGUCUGCAGCUGGCCAAGGAGAAGCAGGAGUACCUGGAUAAGCUGAUGGAGGAGACAGAGGAGCUGAGCCACCAGCGAGCCCAGCGAGAGGAGCUGGAGCGACUGAACCAGGUGCUGGAGGAGGAGAAGGUGAAGUUCGAAGAGGUGGUGAUGGAGCUGAAGGCCGAGCAGGAGCAGAUCAAACUAGACCUGGACGGCACCUCACAAUCCCUGCGAGGCGUGGAGAGCGAAAAAGAGGAGCUGAGCAGCCUGACCGUCAUGCUGCAGAAGUCCAUCGAGCAACUGUCCCUGGAGAAGCAGAGGACUCUGGAGCUGCUGGAGGGGAAAGAGCAGGAGGAGGAGGAGGAGGAGCAGGAGCAGGAGCAGGAGCAGGAGAAGGAGAAGGAGACGGAGGAGAUGAGCAGCAGUGAGAACAAGGAGACGGCAGAGGUGGACCUCCUGCAGGACCUGCAGCACAUUGAGGAGCAGAUGAAGGUCCUGAUCAGGGAGAAGGAGCAGGCGGAAAACAAGAUCCAGGACAACGAGCAGCGCGCUCAGGUUCUGCAGCAGGAGCGCGAGUUCUACUCGGCGCAGGCGCAGACGCUGCAGCAGUCGCUCUCCCAGCUCAACGCUGACAAGCGGCAGACCGAGGCCGAACUGAAGGCAGAGAUUGAGUGUCGCGUGGAGCUGGAGAAGCGCCUGAAGCAGGCCGAGGAGGCUCUGCAGGACUUGGAGAAAGGGCUCAACUCUCUGGAGAGGACCAGGGAGAGAGACGAGAGGAUGAAGGGGGACGUGACCCAGCUGAGGAGAUUCUUCGAGGAGUGUAUCUGCGCAGCUGAGAUCGAGGCCAAACUCCCCGCCAUCAUGAAGAACGCCGUCUAUCUUCACAAAGCUGCUGCCCGGAGGAUCAAGAGCUGCAGGAUCCAGAGGAGAGCCUCCAGACACCACUGGUUGAAACACUCCAAGUCCUUCGCUGUGGCCAAUCCUGAUGCGGGAAACAUGGACGAGCUGAGAGAGACAGCGCGACGGCUGACAUCCGACAGCAACUUCAGAGAGAGCGUGUACAAGAUCAUGACGCGCAAAGACUCCACCAUGACCGAUGAUCCCACCUUCUAAUGGAGCGCUCCUUUAGCUGACCUCUUAGUGACCCCUGGCAGCCCAAUAACACCUUCACCAAACUUCUAGUAAGCAGUGUUUUCUGAAUGGAUGCGUCAGGUGUCCACUUUUUUGUUGUUGAGAAUUACAUUAAAUUAAGUUAAAAAACCCUUUGA